GUGUGCGGUCCGAGCGGCGCGUGUGCUCCGCUGCGGGGCCUGGGCGGGGAGCGGCCUGGAGACGGGGCCAGCGCUGAGGCCGCUCCCCCCCCCCGCUGGCUUCUGGCUGAAGGGGCCCAGAAGGGCAAGUGCGUCUUCGGACCCGCUGCGGCGUGGGUCCGACCCAGCGGAGGGGUGACCGGCGCCGGGGGCUGAGUCCCCACGGGUCGCUGGGCAGCUCUUUCUCCCUGGGCCCUGCGCCUGUUUCUGAGCCUGCUCUGUUUAACUCUUGCUUUGUGUCUCUGUCCCCCACCCCCGUCCUCUGCCUGGCUUUGUAUCUCUGCCCUGGGCUCCUCUCAGCUCCGUCUGGCUCCAAUGACUCAUCUGGGAGAGACAUGAAGGUUACUCAGGGAACAAGGGCCUGCUGUUCCCAGGGAGGUGGGGGUGGAGAGGCGCCCAGGAAUCCCCCACUGCUCCUGGGACCCGGCAGCCUGUCCCUGGCCCAGGGCAGCGGGCUCUGGGAGGGGCCACAGUGCCUCCUGGUUCCCGCCUCACCUUUGAUACCCUAGGGCCUCACAACUCACUCAGGCCCCUCAGCUGGUGCCUCCUUGCUAGGGGGUCUCAGCUGCCUCUUACAUUCCUGCCCUAGAGGAUUGUGGGAGCAGCUGGAGGAGGACAAAGGGAUGGGGAGGUGUCCCCCACUCCUCCUACCUCCUGGGGUGACCUGGCUUCCCAGUUGCAGGCCCGCCCUCAUCUCCAAGGCGACUCAGCCUUUCCCCUGCCCUGCCCUCUUCCUUCUGAGGCAGCUGGUGUAGAAAGUGGACGCUGGGGCAGGUGGGACGCCACAGACAGAGCAGGGAUUUGGGGGGACCCGGUGGCAGGGGUGGGUAGAGGCGUGAGAGGUGCAGUCGGGGCCCCUCAGGAUCACGGGGGCUGGAGAGUUCAGUACCAGCUCCGGCACGGGACAGGAGACAGCUUUCCCUGUAGCCAGGCAGGGACAAUAGAUGUGUGCCUUGCAAGGAGAGCGCGGUUGGAAUGGUUUUGGGUUGGGUGUGUGGCCCAGGUUACGAUGCAGAUUUGACUUGGCAGAUCCAGGUGGGCCUGAGGCUCCGCAUUUCCCCUAAGUUCCCGAAAGAUCCGAGGUUGUCGGUCCAGGGAUGCAGUGGGCCUAGGGGACUUCAGGGGCUUUGGGAUUGGAAGGCGCUGGGGUCCUGCAGUUCUCUUAGAUUCUGGGCUCGACGGUGGGAGGGGCCCAGGGUCUGCUGGUGCAGGCUUAGCUGAGGUUUAAUUCAUGGCGUACUCAACAAGGAGUGCCCAGCCUUUUCUAGGACACCUACCUGUAUUAAAUAAAAAUAAAAGUAAUGUUUAUAUUCUCUUCUAUACCCCUACAUGAAUAUGUGCUACUAUAUUUACUAGUUUUAGGAAAACAGCCAGAUUGUCUUUCCCUUUUUGUUUGCUUCUCCCGUCACGCCAUUCAUUGCUGGCUCCUGUUCUGUUGCACACCCUGUCUAUAUGUGUGCACAGACGUGCACAAGCCCAAGGGCUCAUUCUUCCUUUUCAGGAGGUGUGCUUUUUCAUACAUCUGUGUAUGCUUUUCACGUUCUAUAGUGGCACAGAGAAAUCGCCCCAGUCAGACCUGUAUGGCUACUUUGUUUCUUUGCAUAGCUCCAUGCAAGCUCAUGACCCUGAAAGCAAUUUUCUGUGGCUUGCCGGCUGGGAUGCUCACUGAGAAGGCCGCAGUGGACGUCCUUGUGCAUCUGCUCUUCCUCCUAGGGCUACACUGCUCCCUUUGCUCAGAACCCUGGGGGCCUGGGGUUCAGAAGAUGGGGUCUUUAAUUGUAUCAGAUACUGCCGGAUUGCUUUCCACAUAGAUGAUGAUAUUCCAUGCCUGCCAUUGACUGCAAUGGCUCCUUUUUGUCACUCAUCUGUCACCACAGGGGACAUGGCCUGCCAUAAUCUCAGCCGCUCGGAAUGCUCAGGGGUGAUCUGUGGAGCCCAAAGUGUCCAGGGCCUGCCUGGGCAACACAAGAUGCAGAUGCUGCCCCCACCCCCUUAGGCCCGAGGCAUCAGGAGCUAUGGGGCCAGGGGCCCUCGGAUCUCUACUGUCGCUGUUGCUGCUCUUGCUGGCAGAUGGAGACGCCGACAUGAAGGGACAUUUUGACCCGGCCAAGUGCCGCUAUGCGCUGGGCAUGCAGGACCGGACCAUUCCGGACAGCGACAUCUCCGUCUCCAGCUCCUGGUCGGACUCCACUGCGGCCCGGCACAGCAGGCUGGAGAGCAGUGACGGGGAUGGGGCCUGGUGUCCCGCGGGGCCUGUGUUCCCCAAGGAGGAGGAGUACCUGCAGGUGGAUCUCCGGCAGCUGCACCUGGUGGCCCUAGUGGGCACUCAGGGACGCCACGCUGGCGGCCUGGGCAAGGAGUUCUCCCGCAGCUACCGGCUGCGCUACUCCCGGGACGGCCACCGCUGGAUGGACUGGAAGGACCGCUGGGGUCAGGAGGUGAUCUCAGGUAACGAGGACCCCGGGGGUGUGGUGUUGAAGGACCUUGGGCCCCCCAUGGUAGCCCGACUGGUUCGCUUCUAUCCCCGAGCCGACCGCAUCAUGAGUGUGUGUCUGCGGGUUGAGCUCUAUGGCUGCCUCUGGAGGGACGGGCUCCUGUCCUACACAGCCCCCCUGGGGCAGACCAUGUACUUAUCCGAGGCAGUGCCUCUCAACGACUCCACCUACGAUGGAUUCACGGUCAGCGGGCUUCAGUACGGUGGUCUCGGCCAGCUGGCGGACGGCGUGGUAGGGCUGGACGACUUUAGGCAGAGCCAGGAGCUGCGGGUCUGGCCAGGGUAUGACUACGUGGGAUGGGACAACCACAGCUUCCCCAGCGGAUACGUGGAGAUGGAGUUCGAAUUUGACCGGCUGAGGGCCUUCCAGGCCAUGCAGGUCCACUGUAACAACAUGCACACGCUGGGCGCCCGCCUGCCCGGCGGGGUGGAAUGUCGAUUCAAGCGGGGGCCUGCCAUGGCCUGGGAGGGGGAGCCCGUGCGCCAUGCUCUGGGGGGAAGCCUGGGCGACCCCAGAGCCCGGGCUGUCUCUGUGCCCCUGGGCGGCCGCCUGGGUCGAUUUCUGCAGUGCCGCUUCCUCUUUGCGGGGCCCUGGCUACUCUUCAGCGAGAUCUCCUUCAUCUCCGAUGUGGGGAACGACUCCUCUCCAGCUCCAGGGGGCACCUUCCCCCCAGCACCCUGGUGGCCGCCCGGCCCUCCUCCCACCAACGUCAGCAGCUUGGAGCUGGAGCCCCGCGGCCAGCAACCUGUGGCCAAGGCAGAGGGCAGCCCGACCGCCAUCCUCAUCGGCUGCCUGGUGGCCAUCAUCUUGCUGCUGCUGCUCAUCAUCGCGCUCAUGCUCUGGCGGCUGCACUGGCGCAGGCUCCUCAGCAAGGCUGAGCGCCGGGUGCUGGAGGAGGAGCUGACGGUUCACCUCUCUGUCCCUGGGGACACCAUCCUCAUCAACAACCGCCCAGCCCCCCGGGAGCCACCCCCUUACCAAGAGCCCCGGCCGCGGGGAAACCCGCCCCACUCUGCGCCCUGCAUCCCCAAUGGCUCUGCGUUGCUGCUCUCCAAUCCAGCCUACCGCCUCCUUCUGGCCACUUACGCCCGUCCCCCUCGAGGCCCGGGCCCCCCCACACCCGCCUGGGCCAAACCCACCAACACCCAGGCCUGCAGUGGGGACUACAUGGAGCCUGAGAAGCCUGGUGCCCCGCUCCUGGCCCCUCCCCCCAACAGCGUCCCGCACUAUGCCGAGGCUGACAUUGUCACCCUGCAGGGCGUCACCGGGGGCAACACCUAUGCUGUGCCUGCACUGCCCCAAGGGGCAGCUGGGGAUGGGCCCCCCAGAGUGGACUUCCCUCGGUCGCGGCUCCGCUUCAAGGAGAAGCUUGGCGAGGGCCAGUUUGGGGAGGUGCACCUGUGUGAGGUAGAGAACCCUCAAGAUCUGGCCAGUCUUGACUUCCCCGUCAGCGUGCGCAAGGGACAACCCUUGCUGGUAGCUGUCAAGAUCCUACGGCCUGAUGCCACCAAGAACGCCAGGAACGACUUCCUGAAGGAGGUGAAGAUCAUGUCUCGACUCAAGGAUCCAAACAUCAUCCGGCUCCUGGGCGUGUGUGUGCAGGACGACCCCCUCUGCAUGAUCACUGAUUACAUGGAGAACGGUGACCUGAACCAGUUCCUCAGUGCCCAUCAGCUGGAGGACAAGGUGGCUGAGGUGGCCCCUGGGGACCAGGAGGCUGUGCAGGGGCCCACGAUCAGCUACCCGAUUCUCCUGCACGUGGCCGCCCAGAUUGCCUCAGGCAUGCGCUACCUUGCCACACUCAACUUUGUGCACCGGGAUCUGGCCACACGGAACUGCUUGGUCGGGGAGAAUUUCACCAUCAAAAUCGCUGACUUUGGCAUGAGCCGGAACCUCUAUGCUGGGGAUUACUACCGUGUGCAGGGCCGGGCGGUGCUUCCCAUCCGGUGGAUGGCCUGGGAGUGCAUCCUUAUGGGCAAGUUCACGACGGCGAGCGACGUGUGGGCAUUUGGGGUGACUCUGUGGGAGGUGCUGAUGCUCUGCAGGGCCCAGCCCUUUGGGCAGCUCACAGAUGAGCAAGUCAUCGAGAACGCCGGGGAGUUCUUCCGGGACCAGGGCCGGCAGGUUUACCUGUCGCGGCCGCCCGCCUGCCCCCAGGGCCUGUAUGAAUUGAUGCUGCAGUGCUGGAGCCGGGAGCCCGAGCAACGACCACCCUUUGCCCAGCUGCACCGGUUCUUGGCAGAGGAUGCACUCAACACAGUGUGACGACGCCCAGCUGCCCUCUCAGGAGCAACCUGGGGGAAGCCAGUGACACUAACAAGAGGACCUGCGCCUCCCUGCCCCCCGACGGCCCGGCACCUGAGAGGCAGUGAGACCGUGGGGGUGGGCCUGCCCACCCUGGACACAAGCUCACAUCUCUUCCCUGAGACCCACUGCCCACCCAGCUGGCCCUGUGGAUGGGAUCCUCUGACUUCCACCAGCCAUCCUUGGGGAAGGGGGCACAUGCAGGGCAGACACUGGACGUGGCCCACGGGAGCUCCUGGGCCUUACUGGAUGACACUGGCUCUUGGGGAGGUGGCUCUGCCCAAGCCUCCCUCUUCCUGUCAUACACUGGACCCCGCUGGCUGGAGACGGGGUUGAGGAGGACACGAAGGGACAGAGCUGCUCCCUGGUGCUUAUCCCUGGAACUGGACACACUGGACCUGGGGUGAUCCCAGCCCUAUCCUCCGAUCCUCCCGCAUCCCCACUUCCCACCUGCCGUGCUGUAGCUAGGACUUCCCUAAGCCUGUAUGUUUCUGUGGAGUAAAUAUUGGGAUUAGAAGGACAGAGGGAGCAAUGGCCUGUGGCCCUGGGGUUGGACAUCUCUAUCGUAGCUGCCACAUUGGUUUUUCUAUAAUCACUUGGGGUUUGUACAUUUUUUGGGGGGAGAGACAGAUUUUUACACUAAUAUAUGGACCUAGCUCGAGGCAAUUUUAAUCCCCUGCGAUAGGCAGGUAAUAAUAAAGGUUGAGUUUUUCA